CCGCCGCCGCCGCCAUGCGCCGCUGAGGCGGGCGCUGUCCGGGCCUCGCCAUGGGGGCGCCGCCGCCCAACGGCAGCCUCGGCCUCGCCGACAGCUCCCCGCAGCCCGGCGAGGGGGCGGCGGCGGGGCCGGGAGACCGCGGCUGCGAGAACGGGGCCCUCAUGGACAGCUUCGGCAUCUUCCUGCAGGGGCUCCUGGGCGUCGUGGCCUUCAGCACCCUCAUGCUAAAACGCUUCAGAGAACCAAAGCAUGAAAGACGUCCCUGGAGGAUAUGGUUUUUAGAUACUUCCAAGCAAGCCAUAGGGAUGUUGUUCAUCCACUUCGCAAAUGUCUAUUUGUCAGACCUUACAGAAGAAGACCCUUGUUCACUGUACCUUAUCAACUUCUUGUUAGAUGCCACCUUGGGAAUGCUGCUGAUCUACAUCGGUAUUCGGGCAGUCAGCAGCAUUGUGGAAUGGCAGCAGUGGGAGACCCUUCGCUUUGGUGAAUAUGGUGACCCACUGCAGUGCAGUGCUUGGGUGGGCCAGUGUGCUCUGUACAUCAUGAUUAUGACAUUUGAGAAAACCAUCAUCAUUAUAGUGCUUCUUAUACCUCAGUGGAAAGAGGUGGCUUUGUUGAAUCCUAUAGAGAACCCUCAGCUGGAGCUGGCUAUCGUCAUGCUGAUAGUUCCCUUCUUUGUUAAUGCAUUAAUGUUCUGGGUAGUAGAUAAUUUUCUUAUGAAGAAAGGGAAAACAAAAGCUAAACUUGAAGAAAAGGAAGCAGGACAAGAUUCAAGAAAUGGAAGUAAAGUCCGAUACAGGAGAGCAGCAUCACAUGAAGAGUCAGAGUCAGAAAUCCUGAUUUCAGCAGAUGAUGAGAUGGAGGAAUCGGAUGCUGAAGAGGACCUGCGCAGACUGACCAACUUAAAGCCCAUUAAGAAAAAGAAGCAUCGUUUUGGUCUGCCUGUAUGACACAUUCCCUGACCUGUGUAUUUGCAGGUUUCAUGGCAAAAAAAACCUUCAGUCAGUGGGGUUUAAUGUUGCAAUUGCAUCUCCCUUUCCAUACAAAGUGACUUAAAAGCAAGAUCUACCAACAGAAUGCAGGCAGUUGGAAGAUUUCCAGUUCAGUUGCACUACAGACACACUGACCAAUUAUGCAAGAAUGUCUUUUCAUCACGGAUGGAAAACACAGCGUUGUUAAGGACUGGUGGCUGAGGAGAUUUUGUAUCUGACAUUUCAGAGAAGAUCCUAGGAAACGGAUACAGCAAUCUUUCACUUAUGGUCACUGGUGAUGCAGUUUAAGAUGUUCUCAAAAAGGCAUCAGAAUCAACUAAGUUCGAGGAGUGUGUUUUAUUACUAAAACUGGCUUUUGCAGCAUAAUUCCUAGUGCAGAAUAGUUUAUGGUUACAAGCUGUAACUUAACGUUAUUUUUUUAAGUACAGAUGUUUACUUGCUACCAGGUACCUAUGGAACUAAUAGGUGGAACAAAGAUGUUUUUCCAAGUUCUCCUCAAAUCUAUUUGACUAUUUUAUAUUUAAGUUAUAUUUUCAUACAGUUGUAUUUAAAGAUUCUCUUUGUCAGAGAAAAGGAUGCAGUUCCCUUUUUUUGUGCACAACAGGUCUAAAGAUCUGUAGUGAAGAAUCUUAUUUAUCCUUGUGUCCUGGUUUAAGAAAAAGGGAUUGCAAAGGGAAAAGCUCUCUGUCACUGCUGAAGUCACCAAAUAUCACUAAAAAUGCAGUCCUAAGUGUGCUUUUGACCACGUAAGUUGAAAAUGCCUUUUUCAAUAGAAGGUGGUGUUUGCAUAUUUGACAAACGUGCACUUUAGUGUGUAACAGGAAUCUGUUGUGGUAGCUUAUUUGUGAAAUGAAUAUCUAUGGAUGACUAAUUAUUUCUGGUUCUGCAAGUCUCUUGUGCAUACCUCUCAUGACCCAAAAGAGAUGGAACGUUUCCUCUGUGUAAGGCCUGUGGUACAGGCCCAUGAUCAGAUGGAACCAGCUGUGCUAUGAUACUGCAAACAACUCCAUCCCUUUUGUUUUGUUAGAAAAGUAAUCUGCUAAUUAAUGCUCUAAAAAAAAAAGUCCCUCCUGUUUAAUUUUCAUCAAGUCUGAGUAUCUUUUAGUAGUGAAAAGAAAGAACGGAGAGGUGCAGUUGUUACUACAGAAUGUUUGUGAUUUCCAGCGUCUGUGUUCUGGUGAUUGACAACAUGUGCUGAUCUGAAACCUUGUAGGCAUGUUCUCAGUGACAUCCUUUUGCUUUGCAUCUUCUCAGAGUGAUUGUUUCUGAAAGGUUGUGCAGGACAAGGUGAUGUGUCAAAGAGGUGAUAACAGACCUUAAUUGCAAAUCUGUUGUAGUAUGUGGACAUCAGAAAUGUUCCAAGCCUUAAACCAAACAGUUUCCUUGGAAAACUGCUCAGAACUUUUUAAGAUUUUUUACAUUUUUUAUAGAUUUACUAGGUCUUAAUGUGAUUUAUUAUCCAGACCACUUCAAAGGGGUUCUUGGGCCUUAGUCAGUACCGAACUGUGCGCUCCCGUGCUCCCUUUCACUGUUCCAGCAUUCCUUUUCACUGCUUGGCUGCCGAGGUGAACGCAGUGUUGAAGGCUUUGGGUACACCUCAGUGCAUCCAGACGGCUCAAAGGGACACUUUACCAAACCUAAUGUUUGUCAGUUUAGUUGAGCCACUGACCUCUGUUACUGUGCACUGAAAUGUAAUAACUGCAAUAAGUUUAAGUACUAGUGUUUGUUUUAGCCUAAUGACAAUGGAAGUUUGAGUUACUCUGAAGUGAGGGGGUGGGGGGGAUAGGGAAGUGUCCCUAAUCAGUGUUGCCUCUGUUCUAGGUCUUUUGUGGGGUUGUUUUCAUCAGCUGUGUGACUUGCAUCCUCUCUGUUUACCACUGGGCAGGCGCAUACCUCCAAAAGCACAGUACUUCAAGGAAUUCAUUUCCACCAACAGAACAGUCCCACACAGCUCACUUUUCCCAAGGGAUUUAAGAGCUAGGGCUGGCUUUUGUUGCAAAUGUCAGCAUUUAUAUCUUUUUUUGAAGCAUAGGAUUUGUUCUAUUUCAGAGAGUGAAAUAAAGCCGUUUGCCACGUGCUACAUGCCACUGCACAGCCAUCACUGUCCUCACCGGCCGUCAGACGUUACUGAGCAGCGCACACAAAUUUAACUGUACGAGCUCUCAUUUUUCCCUCCUUUUCUCCAGCUACUGAAAUUAUCAAAAACUCCUUCUAGUUCUAGUCUCACGUUUAGUCUGUGAAGCAUCAGGAUAAAAUUAUGGCCUUAAUCACGUAAAACGUUUGUUUUGAGCAGAUCUCAAACUUACUGACCAAGUACAAAACAGUGGAGCGGUUUCUUGUAGGUGGUUGUGGCAAAGGUAUAUGAAUGCCUCAUUUUUCCUGUCUUAAGUGCUUAAAUGUUAGCUUGAGAUUUUGGUAUGCCUAGCAAGAUGAUGUAGUAAAGCACUAUGAGCCAAAGAGACAGAAGUGUUUUAAAUACCCCAGUAGUAACAGGAGGAGCAUAUCUUCAGAGGGGAAAAACAGCUCUGACUGUCGCUUCUAAGGUGGAAAUGUUAAUCAUGAGCACAGUGAAGUAACAGAAACUGGCUGGGCUUUUUUUCUGUUUGUUGUUAUCAGGUGAAAGAGGUGGAAAAUCUGAAAUUGUCAGUUUUCCUCUUUGUAAGGUAAAAAUUGGAAUUGUUGCAGAAGGUACAAGUAGGACAAGUGCUCUUGUCUGAAGAGCUUCCACGUGUGAGGAGGAAGCAUGUGCCUAGUGCUUCACUAUGUCUUACUGUUCAUUGAAAUGUGUUGGCACUACAGUCUGAGGGAAAUUUUUCAUAAAGGGUUGAACCAGUAACAAUAUUGCAACGUGAUGGUGCUUGUGUUGUCCUCAAAUGGAGCUCUAAAUUGAUGCCUGGUAAACGUACUGCAGGACAGCUCAUAGCAAAGGUUUAAUUCGGACAGUGCUCUAAAGGAUGUGGUUCUGAUUAAUGAAAAUAAGCUAUGUAGUAUUUGCCAAAGUAAGAGAAAGGUUUGUAACUUCCAGAAGAGAGGCAGAAGUAUUGGUGGAGAUUGCCUUUACCAAGAAUGGUCAACUUAAAUGUAUUAAGUGUUUCUAAUAUCUGACCUGUGACACAUCUGCAUAAUUUUCAUACACUGCUGUCGUCCAAUAUGUGAUUUUUUUUUCAAGUUCUGGCUGUAGUAUGUUCAGGUCCCCUUGUCUUAUUUUAAGUAGGUAAAUGCAGUAUGUUAAUGUUGCUGACUAAAACAUACUAUAGCUUUUCUUCAGGGAAAACUCAGAAACUGAGUUGCAAAUUAGAGCAAUGCAAAGUGAUCGCCUCUGAGGUGGCCGCUCCGCUCCAGCGGGGCCUGGGGAGGGAGGCGUGGGCUCUCCGCUCUGCUGGGGGCUGAGCAUCACGAGGAAUUCCUGCCACUGUGCUUGACUAACCCAUGUUUGCAGCUUUGCUGUGCUUUUCACAGGAGAAAAUGGUCACGAAAGCGAAUUAAAUGCAGCCACAUGGAGUCAGAGCAGAUGUACAGCAUAGGCGUGCAAACUUUUAUAGGUGAAGUUUCCAGUUCAAUUACUGAAAAUGAUUACUAUGGUUUUACAAAGUAAAACUGCAGUAUCUUUAAAAAAGGGACUCUUUUGUAGGUGUGUUUGUCUUGUGUGGGUAUCCGUCUCAAACUGAUUGUUGGGUUUGUUUGUAAGUUCAGAGUAUAGCCCCAUGUGAGCAAAACCAACAGCUGUAUUCUGCUGCCCUCUGUUUUGGACCAUUUUGUUUGAUCAGUGGUGUUACCUUCAACUUCUAAGGGUAUCUGAUGUAAUGACAUUGUAUUACAGUUUACAAUAAAGUUUGACUUAUUACAGAUUUGUA